AUGUCUGAAUCUUUUUAUCCAAUACUUGACUCUGCAUAUAGACGAGAAGACUGUGGUAUCCAUUUAGAGUGUCAUGUUAACUCAGAUGACAGAAUCACAGCAGGUGACAAUUUCUCGGAUCAUAUUUUACCUCCAAGUUUAUUGACAACAUCAACAAAUGGUAAAUUACGACCAUAUGCAAUUUGUGCACCGACUCAAAUUAAUUCAAUUACACAAAAAUUUUAUACUGAUACAUCGAAACACUCUUCAAAUGUUCUAUUCGAUUCGUCGAUUCGAAUGCCAACUGCAAGUGGAACAAGAACAACCGCCAGUACAACACCGAAUAGCACUUGUGAUAAUGCCAACACUAAUCAUCAAAAUACAAAUUAUUCUCAUUGUAUUGCUACAAAUUCUAUGCUUAAAUCUACUACAAGUUAUGAUAUGUCGAAAUUUACACUGCCUAUAGACAAACACAGCAAACCAUUUAAAUUAAAUGAAGAUAUAACAGAUUUUCUAGGGAAUAAUACAUUUAACUCAAAUAAUUCAAUGUUCAGCAACACUACUAAUCAUCAUAUUAAUACAAUGAAUUCAACUGUGAAUUGUAAUUUAAGAGAUAAAGUUAAGAAACGUCGUAAUCGAACUACUUUUACAAGUCAUCAACUCAAUGAAAUGGAGAGAAUAUUUCAGAAAACUCAUUAUCCUGAUGUUUAUGCUCGUGAACAAUUAGCUUUAAGAACUGGAUUAACUGAAGCUCGUGUACAAGUUUGGUUUCAAAAUAGACGAGCUAAAUGGCGUAAACGUGAACGUUUAGGUAGCAAUAGCAGUAGUAUAACAAAUGGAUCAACUGAUUUAGGCUUACAUUUAUCUUUCCAAGAACAAAAUGAUUUAUCUACCGCCAAUAAUAAUUCAACAACAUCGACAGCGGUAUUUGCUGCCGCAGCAGCUGCAUGCGCUAUGGCUGCAGCUGUUACAGCUGGUACUAAUCUGGAUGCUGGUGGUAAUUUAACUACAACACAAAAUCAAUUGAAUAGACAUUUGAACAAUGGGAAUACUAAUCAUUACACUAAUUUAUUCUCAGGAUCUUCUAAUUCAGCUGCAUUUAUUCCUAACUCUAGCGCUGUUAUCAGUCGAUCUAUUGGAGGCAGAUUAGAUCAACAAAAUUCAUUGAAUGCAGUAAAUUCAAGUGAUUAUGAAACGAGUUUAAUGCAUCAAUCGAAACAUUUUUAUGAAUCCCAUCCGUAUUUAUCUUUAACAUUGAAUAAAUUAGCAAAAUCUAGUAUAAAUUAUAAUGAAAUGAAUAGAAAACCAUCUCAUGAAUCGGAUAUAAUGACACCUACAAAUUCAAUGAAUCAUGAGAAAUUUGAGAAUAAACAUUUAUUUAAAGAUGAAUUUAACAUAUUUCGUAAAUCAUCAAAUACAAAUACUGAUUUCUCUUUACCAUUUAUUAAUAAAUUUGGAUAUAUUCAACAUAAUGACGAACUGAGCCAGCAUCAUCAAUCCCAACAACAACAACAACAGCACAGUUUAUCUGAAGCCAAUUCUAAUUUCAUGAAUGAACGAUGGCAGUCUACCGUAGAUAACAAGCGUUUUGCAGUAAAACAUCCUCUUUCCAUUCAUGAUAUCCCCCCAUUAGAUCAACAAAGAAAGUAUACUUCAUCACCAUCGACUAGUAUUGGUUGGUCGUUGAAUAUUCAGAAUAACACUAAAAAUGACAGUCAAAUUGAUUUCAACUGUUAUCCAACACCUGGACAUAGAGAUUAUAACAAUCAAUCACUUAAUAGUCAGACUAAUUUAACUAAGAAUGAUGUAAAUGACUCCAGUGAAACAGCGACAACAACACCAAUAACGACUAGUACCACGACUACUCCUAUUAAAGAUAAUCGUACACCUUGGAAUUCAACAGAAUCAACCAAUUCCCCAUAUUUAAAUAAUAAUAAUAAUAAUAAUAUUCAUCAUCAUUGCACAGACAAUCAUCAACUUAUGAAUAAUACAAUCAAUCAAGAAGGCACAACUGCUUCUACUACCAAUACAACUACUACUGCUAGUAUGACGAAUAGUUGUAGUAUUAAUCCUAAUCCUAAUAAUAAUAACAAUGCUGAUCAUAAGAAUGAAAAUUUAAAACCAAAUUUAAAAUGGAAUUUUUCCACAGAAUUUAAAGAAUCCAACUGGUUAGUGAAUAAACCAAUGUCGAAUUUCUAUGAUGAAUCAAAUUCCAUUGAGAAUAAAAUAUUUAUUUAG